AUGGGAAUGGUAAGUAGAAGUAUAGGAUUGAGGAAAAUAGGAGAAGCAUUAAAGAAAGCGAAAUCAGGAUGGUACACCCUUCACAUGGCAGCUGCCUCUCAUGCCAUUGCUCAAAGAAUCCCAUUAGCUGAUUUCAUUCUUGAAGUUAGGGAUGCCCGGAUUCCUUUGUCAUCCCACUAUCAGCUGUUAAGCAACUUCCCGCCUUCCUCUCUUCGCCAUAUUAUAGUAAUGAACAAGACCGACCUUGCUAAUCGUUCCCAACUCGAGGAGUGGACCAAGUAUUUUGAGCAACAAAACUGCAUUUCUUAUGGAGUCAAUUCCCAUAACAAGGUCAACGUCAAAGAGUUCCUUAAUUUCUUACAAGCCCAUGUAAGAGAAUUGAAAAAGACCGAUCAUUCUGGUCAUACCACAACAAUGAUGAUAGUUGGGAUACCUAAUGUUGGUAAGUCGGCUCUUGCCAACUCUUUGCAUCAGCUUGGGAGGAUUGGCGCUGCAGAGAGAGGAAAGUUGAAGCAUGCAACUGUGAGUCCUCAUCCCGGAGAAACAAAAGACAUCAGCAGCUUGAAGAUUGGUAGCCAUCCCAAUAUUUAUGUAUUGGAUACCCCAGGGAUUUUGCCUCCCCAGAUUCAUGACUCUGAAGUCUGCUCCAAACUAGCUCUAACAGGAGCAAUUGAAAACUUGGUUGGGGAAAAAGAACUUGCUCAAUAUUUUCUUGCUAUUCUCAACACAAGUGAUGAAUACAAGAAAUGGGAAAGGUUAUCCACACACGGAAAUGACAGAUCAUUUACAGGGAAGGAAGUGGAUGGCUCAAGUGGCUCAAAUUUGGACACGAAACAAAAAAAGCAAUAUCCCUCUGAUCACACACAGGAUUUCAUGGUGCAUAGGGUACGUCGGACUUUGUUUGAAUCUAUUUCUGGUUUAGAUGGAAAUGUACAAAAUGAGAAGGAUUUGGAGGAGCUAAUCGAAGUGCAAUUCACAUCGUUGAGAGAAGCUUUCCAGUUGUCUUUGGAUCCUGGAAAUGAUGCUCAAACCAAGAUUUCUGCUAAGUUGCUCAAUCUCUAUCAUACUGGGAGGCUUGGACAUUACACUUUAGAUCCUCUUCCUUCGCAAAGUUAG